AUGUUGAACCUUCAAAGAUUCGUUGUUCUGGCACUUGCUGCUAUGAUUUCAAUCGCACGAGCAGAAUUUGAUAUUCAAUGCCAAAAUGUCACUACAAUGAUCAACGCUACGUCUUGCCAAAAUGCUUUGGAUUUACUUAAACCUGAUGAGAAAAAUGGUAGAAUUGUUCGUGAUGAAUCAGCUUAUCAACUCACUUGUGGUACAUGCAAGGUUGAUAUUGUGACCAUGAACCACGGAGCAUUGAACGUUGAUGCAGCCACAGUACAAACCGAGUUGACUGCUCUUCUAGCAAAGUGCCCAGGAGAUGGCGCUUCAGUUCUCAUUCCACAUGGCUCAGAUCUUCACACAACUUCAGAUCAAGCUGCUGCUAAGCUAAGCAUAAGCUACCCUGACGUUGUACACAAAACUUGUUCUGUCUAUUGA